AUGUGUUUCCAGCUCAUCGAGCUUUACAACCUUUGUGGAUAUCUAUACUACCAACACGCCGUUAACAGAUGCGCGGCAUAUGGACGGCGGAACCACGAGAUCUCUCGAAGGAUCAUCCGGGUUGGAUACACGUGCAGCUACCACGAGGGCUCAGAUGUGGCCCGUGGUGCUCCUGCUGGGUUUGCGAGCUUUGAGGACAGCAGGCGUCCCGAACCAAGACGUCGUGACGGGAACCGGUUGACCGCACCGGGCGGCGGGUCCAAGGGCGAUCUCAGCGCACCGACUCUCAUGAAACCAGCGACAUUACCUGUUACCUCUGUGGCGGAGACCUACGAGGAAUUCAAACGACCCAAUGCUACAGACGCCCCAGAAGGGGGCGACUUCAAGUGGGUGCCCUCCGAUUCAGACGACUCCGAUAGCUACGAUGACUCGGAUGGCGAGAGUGUCGUCUCCGUUGCCUCAACCGCGACAACCAUAGACGGCGAUACGAUCGGUUUACUGUUUUCCAAGCUGCUAUAUUUUGGGGACCUGCGGUUCUUGUGGCCGCAGCUCAUUACGGUGACCAGUGAGGAAAGGACACUGCGCAUCCGAGCUGCCAGGUUUGUUCGCAAAUCCCGCGCCAAUAUUGCACAGCGCCUCUGCGAAGCCCACUACGACUUCUCCGAGCAGCGGUCGGCUGAGAAAGACAAUGAAAGGUUAGGCGAGCAGGAUGGCGGAUACGCACCCCCGGCCGAAGAUAGUGACAGCAGCCCCGAGGAUGAUUCGCUCUUCAUCCCUGAAGCAGCUGAAGCGUUCCUCUUUCGGACCGAGCCAAUUCUCUCCUUGCAAGCUAGCGUGAAGGCACUAGUCAGAGUUCGGGCGCCGCAAACGUCUGCGUUUGGAACCGGUAUUUGGAAGAGUUCCAAGCUGUGGUUCGAGAAUACCAUGGCAAGAGUUUGGCGUACCGAACUGAAGCCAGAGAACAGCACCUGA